CAUCUCCUGCUGCCGCUUGAUCGCCGUCAGUGGCCGUCGGCUUUGUGGAAAGUGAAGAUGGCCUGGACGACGAACAUCGUUAUAGUUGGAGUCUGCAUUUUGGUCGCGAAUUGCGCACCCAAAUCGAGAGACAAAAAUUUACCGCAAACCGUUUACGACCAGAAACAAACCGGCGAUUAUAAUAUUCAGCUACAUCUUAAGGAUUUUCAAAUUAUAGCUCUGCUUGCUGAUGAUACUAUUGGAGGGGACUAUGAUUACAACUAUGACUACGCAGACUUCACAAUCAAACCAUCAGGUUCCACAACUGCAAAACCUAACAUAACGGUGGAGGCGCCCGAGGAGCCCCAAACCUCCAACCACCCUUACCCAAUACUCUUGCCGGCCACGUCGGAAAAACCGGCGGAACCCCCCGUAUUAAACUCCACGGUCACCGUCAAGAUCGAAGAGAAACCGAUUCUGUCCAGCACCACCGAAGCGGUCGAGAUCAAUUCCCCGGGAAUGUCGCUGGCCGAAGCGGAAGUCAGUUCGCCGGGGAAGAUCAAGGUGCAGAUAUUGGAGAGUCCCGGAUCGCCGCACGUCGGUAUCGUGCCCGGCGAGGACAUCGGCGAGCUGAACACGGAGAACCUGCCGAUCGGGGAUGCACCGAUCAAGAGGUGUAACACCGGUUAUGCCAGGGACAAACGGGGAAGAUGCAGGAGACUGAGACGACCUGGCGGAUCACAUCAGUUGCCAUUCGGAAUUAGCAGAUUAGCAACAAAUUUAGCGGCCAGAUUUAGAUACGCAGCAUCAGACAGUUCAAACAUAGAUUAGUUAGAUAAAUAUUUAAAAAUUUAAUGUGAAUCCUACUUAUAGUUUUA